CAAUUUGUAUUCUGUGAAAUAAGCGGAUAAAACUUAUAUUUACUGUUGUUUUACGAAAUAAAAGUAAUGUGUAAAUUUUCUUAGUUCAUCAAGUAAUAAGUCAUUUACCAUGGAAUCAGCGGGCGACUGGUGUUUGAUUGAAAGUGAUCCAGGCGUGUUUACACAGUUAAUUAAAAAGUUUGGUGUAAAAGGGGUACAGGUUGAGGAAAUAUGGAAAAUCGAUGAUGAAAUAUUUGACAACUUAAGGCCUGUGCAUGGGUUAAUAUUCCUGUUCAAAUACUUGCAACAGGAUGAGCCACCACUACCAGUGGUGAAAGAUAAACUCUUGGAAAAGAUUUAUUUUGCCAAACAGGUUAUCAACAAUGCCUGUGCCACUCAGGCAGUUAUAAGCCUGCUGUUGAACUGCAAUCAUCCGGACAUCGAUUUAGGUCCGGAGCUCACUAAGCUCAAAGAGUUCAGCAUGUCGUUUGACCCUAAGAUGCGAGGGUUGACACUGAGCAACUCACAAACCAUCCGCAGCGCUCACAACUCCAUGUCGCAGCAGACUAUUUUCGAGUUUGACCCUAAAGUAGCUUCUAAAGAUGAAGAUGCUUAUCACUUUGUUGGUUAUAUACCGAUCGAUGGUCGUCUGUAUGAAUUAGAUGGUCUGCGGGAUGGACCCAUUGACCACGGACCCAUAGCACCUCAGCAGGAUUGGUUAGAUGUUGUCAGACCCAUCAUCAUGAAGAGAAUCAAUGUGUACACCGAGGGCGAAAUUCAUUUCAACCUGAUGGCGCUCGUGUCAGACAGAAAAAUGGUUUACGAACGUCAGAUAGCCGACAUGUUGAAAGAUCCGCAGUCCCUCGGCAUGGACGCGACUGAAAUCGAUUUAGAGGUGAGGAGGCUCCGGUCCCUCAUAGAGAACGAGGAGGUAAAAAUGCAGAGAUACCAGAAGGAGAUGGCUCGCAGGCGACAUAACUACCUGCCGUUCAUCGUGACGCUGCUAAAAAUACUGGCAGAAGAGAAGAAGCUGAUGCCGCUGUACGAGAAGGCGAAAGAGCGCGCCUCGAAGAAGGGCGCCAAGAGGAUGAAAGUAUAA